CUGAACAUCCAGGUUCUUGCCUGAAGCAGGUACUGAAUGUUAGCUCCAGGGAAGGUUUCAAGUUUCCUAUUGUGACGACUGAACCUUUCCCCCUGCUUGCUACUGUGGCUUGUUUGCAUUGGUGGUCUCUCCUUGCUAGAGAUAACGAGAGACCUCCUCCUCUGAACCCUAUAUAACAUUGUACACAUUCCUGAAUAAAUGAGACUGGCGAUGAUCCUGGCUUUGUCUCCACUCCUUGCGUACCCCUGUCCCAUACCAAGCCCCUGCUUCCUCCCCCGGGUACCCCGUUGAUCUGCCCGGCUGGCCCGGACAUUUGGCGCCCAACGUGGGGCCCGGGUACGAGGAAGAACUUACAGAGGGAGAAGAUGCCCGAAAAGGAAGCUAGCUAGCUCAGGAGGAAGCCUUAUCGACGUGGGACCCUGCCGCGUCGUGGAUAAGUAUGGUGACCACUUCCUGGCUCAUCCUCUGUGCUGAGAUGUUACUUUUCUCCUCGGCCUUCGCCGGCUUCGGAGACACAGGCCAACUGAUGUCCUUGACUGAAGCACUGUACGGUAAACCCUGUGAUUGUAAAGGGGGUUACAUAAAAAUGUCGCCCACCAGCUAUACCUCUCAGGUGACCUGUACUGGUGCCAUUGCCUACUUGGUAACCACUUGCUAUGGGCCCACAAGCCGUCAGGCCUGUUACAAGUGCCUGAAAACCUCCGUAAACCUCUCUCCGGGCGGGCGGUGCCCCUGCACCAGUUUUCUUUCUUCAGUCCACUCCUCGUGCUACAAGACUUUUUCUCAAUGCACGGCCAAUAAUAAUAAGACUUAUUAUACUGCUGUUCUUAUCAGGAAGUCCCCUGCAAAUCAGCCACUGGCCUCUACCUUGCUGACCACCUGUGGUGCUAACAAAAAGGUCGGUGACACAGUGUGUUGGGCAACUACUGCCCCAGUACAUGUCACCGAUGGAGGAGGUCCUCAAGACAAAGCCAGAGAUCACUUUGUCAGUACAGUCUUAAAACAGCUUGCACCACGCCUUCCCCCUGCGCUUAGCUACCAUCCACUUGCCCUUCCUGCUGAAAGACAAAAGUUGGGCAUUGACUACAAUACUUUUAAUAUCCUCAACUCUUCGUUCAAUUUACUUAAUUUAACAAAUUCCUCACUGGCCAAUAAUUGUUGGCUAUGUUUACAAAUGGGUUUCCCUGUGCCUUUGGCCUUUCCAACAACCAAUUCCUCACUUGCGCCCUACCAUAAUUGUUCUUUCUCGGUUCCCAUCUUGGUUCAGCCUAUCCAGUUUUUUGAGGCGCAUUGUUUCACUUCCGAUCUUAAUACCUCUCUUGACUUGGGCGCACUAGCUUUUUCAAAUUGCUCCACUUUUACCAAUGUCACUUCUCAGGUGAAUUCUCCUCUUUGUCCUCCCGUGGACACUGUUUUCAUUUGUGGAAAUAACCGGGCGUAUACCGCAUUGCCGACUAAUUGGACUGGUCAAUGUGUGUUGGGGUUCCUUCUACCUGACAUAGACGUUGUUCCUGGAAGUGAGCCCAUGCCCAUUCCAACAGUUGACCAUUUUUUCAGUAGAAGUAAGAGAGCAGUACACCUGAUUCCCUUAUUUGCAGGCCUGGGUAUAACUGCCGCCGUGGCCUCAGGGACAGCUGGAUUAGGCAUAUCUCUCUCACAAUAUACUAAACUGUCUCAACAACUUAUUAAUGAUGUUCAUGCUCUUUCUAGUACUAUUCAGGAUCUUCAGGAUCAGGUUGACUCCUUAGCUGAGGUAGUCCUUCAAAAUCGACGGGGCCUUGAUUUGCUAACUGCGGAAAAGGGGGGUAUUUGCUUGGUCCUGCAGGAGAAAUGCUGUUUCUACGCCAACAAAUCAGUAAUUGUCCGCAAUAAAAUCCGACAGUUACAAGAUGACCUGGAAAGAAGACGCCAGGAACUAGCUGAAAAUCCACUCUGGACUGGUCUCAAUGGACUCUUACCUUACCUUCUUCCCCUCAUGGGUCCCCUAUUAACCCUUUUGAUAUUGGUUGUCCUGGGUCCUUACAUUUUUAACAGAAUAAUCUCCUUUGUAAGACAACAGAUUCAGGGGCCUCCCCGGAGCCUGGUUUUUGAUUACUCAGUGAGCGUCAUUCAUCUCCGUGAUGGUUCCCGUGCAUCUCCCCACAAACCUAGGUCGUGGUCUCAGGGACCUGGGCAGCUGGGAUCCACGUAUGCUUUUCGAUUGGCAUGUGCUGGCUUUGUGGUUGUGGGAGUGUAG